AUGCUUGUCCCUCACUUGCUCAGUCGCUCAACCUCUCUAUAGUCUCGCUCAGCUGCACCCGCGCCGCCCGUCAUCCCGUUCGUCUUCCACAUCGCCGCCUCCCCCUUCCUCAGUCCUGACGCCCCAUCUCCACUAUUACGCCCCUUUCCAAAUAUCCCGUCGACAGUUGGCUCUGUUUGAUACGAGGCAUAACCAAAGUCCCUCUACUCAUUUGAUUGAGUUUAGACUCGAAUGCUUGUGGUUCGCAAAAUCCCUGCCCUCAUCACUGGCACGUCUACGAGCACAUUGUCUUUUAUCCGGACCCUGACUGCUGGAGCCAGUUUAUUUUGUAACAAUGAUGGUGGUGGAAGUAUUAGAGGCUUACCCAACGAUGACUACUUUGCUACGAUUCACCACAUAUCCAACAUUGUGCGACGUGAUAUAUACAUGGAGCGCACCCUCAACAAGAUGCGUAUAUCAAAGAUUGUAAACUCAGAGUUAGUUUACCGUGUCUUCCGUAGCUGCUGCAACUGUGGGAUAGAAUCUUUUCGCUUCUUCAAUUGGGCAAGGACACACCACCCAAAUUAUGAGCCUACCACCGUUGAGUUUGAAGAGCUCCUCAAAAUCUUAGCUCGAAACCGCAAUUGGGAGACCAUGUGGAAGGUAGCAGGAACUAUGAAAGCACAGAACUUUGCUAUAUCUCCAUCGGUUGUCUCUUUCAUUAUCGAACAAUAUGGCAAACAUGGCCUCAUAGAUCAAGCCGUCGGCCUUUUUAACGGCCUCAAAAACUUUAAUUGUCCGCAGACGACUGAAGUAUACAAUUCCUUGCUUUUUGCUCUAUGUGAGGUUAAGAACUUCCAAGGGGCAUAUGCUUUGAUAAGGAGAAUGGUUCGGAAAGGGACCGUUCCUGAUAAGCGAACCUAUUCGGUUCUUGUUAACGCGUGGUGCUUGGCAGGGAAGAUGAGAGAGGCUCAGGAAUUCUUGAAGGAGAUGAGUAAAAAGGGGUUCAAUCCUCCUGUCCGCGGCCGAGAUUUGCUGGUAGAUGGACUACUAAACUCAGGGUAUCUCGAAUCAGCUUUAGGGCUGGUUCGGAAAAUGACCAAGGAAGGCUUCGUGCCAGAUGUAGGCACGUUCAAUUCGUUGGCAGAAGCUCUAUGCAAUUCUGGCCGAAUCGACUUCUGCAUCGAUCUUUUUCAUGAUGUUUGUGGAUUGGGAUUUUGUCCUGACACGAGCACGUACAAGAUUAUGAUAACUAUGACGUCGAAAGUUGGGAAAGUUGACGAGGCUUUUGCACUACUUCAUCGGUCCAUUGAGAAUGGUCACCGUCCGUUUCCCAGCUUGUAUGCUCCAAUCUUGAAAGCUCUUUGCCGGAAUGGACAGUUUGACGACGCAUUCAGUUUUUUCUCUGAUAUGAAGGUGAAAGGCCAUCCUCCAAACCGUCCCGUGUAUACUAUGCUGAUAAAAAUGUGCGGACGUGCUGGUAGAUUCGUCGAGGCUGCCAAUUAUUUGGUGGAGAUGACUGAGUUAGAUCUGUUACCUAUGCCACAGAGCUUUGAUAUGGUUUCUGAUGGCUUAAAGAAUUGUGGCAAACACGAUUUGGCCAAACGAAUUGAACAGCUAGAGAUAUCUGCCCGUGGCCUCUGAUUCAUCGACUUCUAACGCCAACUUCUUCUUGCUCUUUCUGGAUUUAGGUAACAGCUUAUCUUCCUUGAAGAUUGAAUCAAUUUGGGAAAAGAAGAUUGGUUAUUUGCUUUUGCAGGUCAUCCAAAGAAGCCAAGAAUCGCAGUUUGGGCCCGACACCAUGUGAGCUGCGGUUAGCACAAGGGUGUUGCUUAGAUCACAAAUCUUGAUGUUCAACGACUUUAUUCUUCCCAACUAAUUGUGUGUGAUAUCAGAGAGUUGACGGCCGAGAUUCGUUGUCUGCCACAAGCUGCAAUGGACCAUGCUUAUCACCAUCCAGUCCACACUUUUGAGCUAGCAGAGACCCCUCCUUCACUCCCCCUUUUUUUGCCUUUAGCCUUUGCGUAGAACUUGCAACUCAAGAUGUCUAGAAAUAAACGUCUGACAAAAUACAAGUGACAGCUUUAAUGUGGUUUGUCUGAUCAGAUCUUCUACAUGAGAAUGAUGUGGAAUUUUAGAUGAUGAUUAUGCAGUAUGUUGGUUUAUUUAUUUUAGGGCAAAUUGCCAAUAAAAUUGUGAGUUUUGGUUUAA